UGGAGCGCUCCUCAGGACAAGAUGGAGAGAUCAUGGAGCGCUCCUCAGGACAAGAUGGAGAGAUCAUGGAGCGCUCCUCAGGACAAGAUGGAGAGAUCAUGGAGCGCUCCUCAGGACAAGAUGGAGAGAUCAUGGAGCGCUCCUCAGGACAAGAUGGAGAGAUCAUGGAGCGCUCCUCAGGAGAAGACCUCCUUACCCCUAAUCUCCAUCCAGAUCUAUCAUAUAAUAAUCCUCCUGACCAACCACACAUUGUUACCAUAGAGAUAGAUCAGAGAGGGGGCAAAAAGUUUAAAUGUGAUGAAUGUGGGAAACAAUUUACAGCAAGCCCAAGUCUUCUUACACACAGAAGAAUUCACACAGGAGAUAAGCCAUUUUCAUGUUCAGAAUGUGGGAAAUGCUUUAUACAAAAAUCACAUCUUGUUACUCAUGAGAGAAUUCACACAGGAGAGAAGCCAUUUUCAUGUUCAGAAUGUGGGAAAUGCUUUAUCCAAAAAUCACAUCUUGUGUUCCAUGAGAGAAUUCACACAGGAGAGAAACCCUAUUCAUGUUUAGAAUGUGGAAAAUGUUUUACACAAAAACCGCAUCUUGUGUUCCAUGAGAAAUUUCACAAAGGAGAGAAGCCCUAUUCAUGUUUAGAAUGUGGAAAAUGUUUUAUACAAAAAUCUGAUCUUGUGAUACAUGAGAGAAGUCACACAGGAGAGAAACCAUAUUCAUGUUCAGAAUGUGGAAAAUGUUUUAUACAAAAAUCUGAGCUUGUGAUACAUGAGAGAAGUCACACAGGAGAGAAACCUUAUUCAUGUUCAGAAUGUGGGAAAUGUUUUACACAAAAAUCGAAUCUUGUAAUACAUGAGAAAGUUCACACUGGAGAGAAGCCGUAUUCAUGUUUAGAAUGUGGAAAAUGUUUUAUACAAAAAUCUGAGCUUGUGAUACAUGAGAGAAGUCAUACAGGAGAGAAACCUUAUUCAUGUUCAGAAUGUGGGAAAUGUUUUAUACAAAAAUCUGAGCUUGUGAUACAUGAGAGAACUCACACAAGAGAGAAGCCAUUUUCAUGUUCAGAAUGUGGGAAAUGCUUUAUACGAAAGUCAUAUCUUGUUACACAUGAAAGAAUUCACAAAGGAGAGAAGCCAUUUUCAUGUUCAGAAUGUGGGAAAUGCUUUAUACGAAAAUCACAUCUUGUGUUACAUGAGAGAAUUCACACAGGAGAGAAACCCUAUUCAUGUUUAGAAUGUGGAAAAUGUUUUACACAAAAACCGAAUCUUGUAAUACAUGAGAAUGUUCACAGAGGUGAGAAGCCGUAAUCAUGUUUAGAAUGUGGAAAAUGUUUUGUACAAAAAUCUAAGCUUGUGAUACAUGAGAGAAGUCACACAGGAGAGAAACCUUAUUCAUGUUCAGAAUGUGGGUAAUGCUUUAUACGAAAAUCGCAUUUUGUGUUACAUGAGAGAAUUCACACAGGAGAGAAACCCUAUUCAUGUUUAGAAUGUGGAAAAUGUUUUACACAAAAACUGAAUCUUGUAAUACAUGAGGAAGUUCACAGAGGUGAGAAGCCGUAAUCAUGUUUAGAAUGUGGAAAAUGUUUUAUACAAAAAUCUAAGCUUGUGAUACAUGAGAGAAGUCACACAGGAGAGAAACCCUAUUCAUGUUCAGAAUGUGGGAAAUGUUUUAUAAAGAAAGGGAAUCUUGUCAUACAUGAGAAAAUUCACAAAAGGGGUGAAAAGUUUAAAUGUGGAAAACAGUUUACUGUAAGCUAAAAUCUUUUUACAGAUAAAAAUUCACAUAGGGAGGAAGCCAUAUUCAUUGAGAAAUGUUAUAGAAGAAUAUCAGAUCUCGUUAUACAUCAGAGAAGUCACACAGGGGAGAAGCCUUAUUCAUAUUCAGAAUGUGGGAAAUGCUUUACAAAA